CAUGUCUGCAAAGGCGGUCAGCGAGGCGAGCUUUCGGGCAAGGAACACUGCUAUAUCGAUAUCGAAUGUAGUGGUCUAGUUGACGCACCGACGGCAGUUCGUCUAUCGGCUGGCGAUGACUUCGACACAGUCGUUAAAGGUGUGACGUGGCUAGGCGGACCACAGUCGAUAAAACGGCGUGGAAAACAUGGUCUGGUCAAGUGUGGAACGGUGGACGAGAUAAAGAAGUGGUUCCAAGAAAAUGUGAACAAAUCCGUUCAGAUUGGAAAAACAACUGGCCGUCUUCACACAUUCAUUGUGGAGCCGUUUGUUGCGCACACAGAUGCAGACGAGCUGUACAUUGCCAUAUUCAGUCAGCGGAAUAAUGAUGUCAUCAUGUUCUAUGAGCAUGGUGGUGUGGAUAUUGGAGACGUUGAUCAAAAGGCGCGAUCAGUGAAAAUUGAAGUAUCGUUAGAUGACAAUGAGAUGGUGCCAACAGAAGCUCAACUCAAACAACUCAUUGGAAAUCUUAAUGACAAAACAACGGUUCUCAAAACUUUCAUCUCAUCACUUUACUCUGCCUACAAACAAUUACACUUCACUUAUCUUGAAAUUAACCCUCUUGUUGUGAAAGAUGGCAAGGUAUACAUUCUUGACCUUGCUGCAAAGCUUGAUGAAACUGCUAACUUCUUGUGUUCUGACAAAUGGAAGACACGAUCGGGUUCAUCUGUGGAAUUCCCUGCUCCAUUUGGACGUGACCUUACAAAA